ACUUCAUACCAUCAAUCUGGAGGGGUAAGGAGGAGGAGAGAGAGCUGAAGACCAAGGGAGUUCCCUUCUGUUUCUUGUCUAUGUAGCAAGUAGCAGAAGUUUUGAAAGGUGCUGCAAGGAGGAGCCAUUAGCUGGUUUUUGGGGUGAUUUGGUACCCCACCCUCUACAUUUGAGGGAAAAUCCCUUGGCAAUUAGGGGUAGACAGAUUUGGGAGGGGAAAGAAAGAGAAGAAGAGAAAAGAAAAGUCAUCCUCCUACUCCUCCUCCUUCUGUCCUUCCUCACUUCUCUCCUGACUCUCAGCUGUUGCAGAGGAGGCAACAUAUUCCUCCAGCCAGGGCCCUGCAGCGGGGGUACCUGCUUGCCCUGAUUCAUCUUACUGCUGCCUUCUCUGACUAUUGGGAGCGCUUCUGAUGGCACCAACUCCUGGCAGCACCCUGAGGAGCAUCCUCUUCAGGCAUCUCUUCUCUCUUCUGGUCCUGUGUUUCUUUUGUGAUGCUUGUAAGAAAAUUGCUCUUAAAGUCCCCUCUCAUCUUCCGGCUGACACACUUGUAGGCAGAGUUAAUCUAGAGGAGUGUCUCAAAUCGGCUGACCUCAUCCAUUCCAGCGAUCCUGAUUUCAGAAUUCUGGAAGAUGGUUCAGUGUAUACAACAAAGAACAUUGGGUUAUCAUCUGAGAGAAGGACCUUUGCUAUAUUGCUCUCAGAUUCUCAGAAAAAAGAUAAAAAAAAUAUAGAGAUUGCAUUGUUAGCACCAGAAAAGAAGAAACCUAUGAAAAGACAUGCAAAAGACAAAGCUCUUAAGAGAACCAAAAGAAGAUGGGCUCCAAUUCCAUGUUCAAUAAUGGAAAACUCAUUAGGUCCAUUUCCACAACAAAUUCAACAGAUCCAAUCUGAUUCUGCACAAAACUACACCAUCUACUAUUCUAUAAGUGGACCUGGCGUAGACAAGGAGCCCUUCAAUUUGUUCUACAUUGAUAGAGACACAGGGGAUAUCUUUUGUACACGUGCUGUAGACCGUGAAACAUAUGACAGUUUUCAGAUAACUGGUUAUGCAACAACACCAGAUGGUUACUCAACAGAUAUGCCACUCCCACUUAUGAUCAAAGUUGAAGAUGACAAUGAUAAUGCCCCCUAUUUUGAACAUAUGAUUAUCUUUUCUGUGCUUGAAAAUUGCAGAGUGGGUACUUCGGUGGGACAAGUAGUGGCCAAAGACAGGGAUGAGCCUGAUACACUACAUACUCGUUUGAAAUAUACCAUUUUAAAGCAGAUUCCAGAAAACCCAAAGCAUUUUGCAAUCCAUCCAGAUACGGGGGUGAUCACUACCAUAUUCCCACCUGACAGAGAAAUAUGUCCUAAAUAUAUACUGCAUGUUGAAGCACGAGAUAUGGCUGGCCAGAGUUUUGGUUUAUCAAGUACAACAACACUGACUAUUGACAUUAAAGAUGAAAAUGACAAUGCUCCAACUUUCAAAAAAACUUCUUAUGUGACAGAGGUGGAAGAAAACAGAAUCAAUGUAGAAAUUCUGCGCAUGGACAUAGAGGACAAGGAUUUGCCUAACACUCCUCAUUCAAGAGCUAAAUACAUUAUCCUAAAAGGAAAUGAAAAGGAACAAUUCCAAAUCACUACUGAUCCUAAUACAAAUGCAGGCAUCUUGUGUGUUGUCAAGCCACUGGAUUAUGAAAUCAGUCGCCAAGUAAUUUUACAAGUUGGUGUAGUAAAUGAAGCUGAGUUCUCUAAGGGAACAAACUCCAAAGGCAUUACGACUUGCACAACUUCUGUCAUUGUCAAUGUCAAAGAUAGUGAUGAGGGACCUGAAUGCCAGCCUCCUGUAACAGUUAUAGAAUCUAAAGAUGGUAUGGGGGUUGGGAAAGAAAUCCUUGGAUACAAAGCACAUGACCCAGACACCUACAGUGGUGAAGGCUUAAGGUAUCAGAAGCUAAAAGAUGAAGCUAAUUGGUUUCAAAUUAAUGAAAAAACAGGGAAUAUGAAAACCACUAAAAUCCUGGACAGAGAGUCACCAUUUGUAAAAAAUGACCAAUACAAUGUCACAGUGCUUGCAAUAGAUAGUGUUGGCAGGUCAUGCACUGGUACAUUGGUAGUACUUCUGGAAGAUGAAAAUGAUAAUUCACCAAUAAUUAAGAAAAAUGUGACAAUUUGUCGUCAUGGGGAUGAAGGUGGUGUGAUAGAAGCUGUGGAUCAUGAUGGACCUAGAAAUGGUCCACCUUUUGAAUUUAUAUUGGACAAUCAGUCUAAUAAACUUUGGACAAUACGAAAAAAGUCUGAUACAUCUGCAAUAAUUCAUCCAAAGGAUGGCCUUAAGAGUGAUUUUUAUUCAGUGCCUAUUAGAGUAGAAGAUCGGCAUGGCCUUGGUAAAGUAUCUCACUUACAAGUCAGAUUGUGUGAUUGUACUUUACCAAGUGAUUGCAAGUUACCUGCUGGUCGGGUGAGAGAUGUAGAACCUUCAAAUAUACGUCUUGGAAAAUGGGCUAUCCUUGCAAUGGUGCUGGGUUCUGCACUGCUACUAUGUGUCCUGUUUGCAUGUUUCUGUGUUACCACUAAGAAGACAGUACAAAAAUGCUUUCCAGAAGAUAUAGCUCAACAGAAUUUAAUUGUAUCAAAUACAGAAGCACCAGGAGAAGAAGUGAUGGAAGCAAAUAUUAGACUUCCCACACAAACUACAAAUAUUUCUGAGCCGAUUAUCUCCACUGGGACACUUGGUGGACAGGCAACCAAAACCGGUGGGCAACAAAGUUUUGAAAUGGUCAAAGGUUACACAUUGGAAUCAACCAAAAGUGGAGGACAUCAGACAUUGGAAUCAUACAAAGGAUCAGGACAGGGACUGGUGGAUACUGGAAGAUAUGCAUAUACUGACUGGCACAGUUUUACCCAACCUCGCCUUGGUGAAAAGGUGUAUCACUGUGGACAAGAUGAAGAGCAUAAGUAUUCUAAAGACUAUGUCCUUUCAUAUAACUAUGAAGGAAAAGGAUCUGUAGCUGGCUCUGUAGGCUGUUGCAGUGAUCGGCAGGAUGAAGAGGGACUUGAGUUUUUAGACCAUCUGGAACCCAAAUUUAGGACAUUAGCAAAGACAUGCAUAAAGAAAUAAAGUGGGAGGAAGUGGGGAAUUGUGUAAAGAACAUACAAUUUGGAAUCAGAUGACUGGGUUUAAAACUUGAUUGUUACUAGCCCAUGCUACCUUUAGUAAGUCAAUGAAAUCAAAUGUUUGUAAAGUAUUUUGCAAAUACUAAUGCAAUAUAAGUGUGUGAGUUAAUAGUAGUAUUAUUAAGCCAUACUUUUUCUUCAUUCAUCUGCAAAAUGAAGAGUUUAGAGUUGAUCCUUCCCAACUCUAAAUCAUAUAAUCCUAGUGACAACUAUUAAUGACUCUUUUAGAGUUUUGUUUUGUUUUGUUUUUUACAGGGAUUGUAAAUCAAUUUUUUUGUCAGAAUCUCUGUAUCUUUCUGUGACUCUUUCUUCUCCUUCUCUCUCUUUUUCUCUCUUUACAGAAAGGUAAACUUCAUCAAGGUUUGAUUCAGUAUUUUAAUUUUAAAAGGUUAUCAGUUAUUUCCUUUGUUCAUUUUAUGCAACAAUUUGUCUUCUUUUCCUAUGCUUUAAUACAGAACAAGCAAGUGAUGAUCUACUUGGAAUUUUUUAUGCAAUCUUGUACAUUAUGUAUCUUUUCUGUGAAUAGAGAUACCUGGAAAAUAAGUAUAUUGUCAAGGAUAAUGAAAUGAAAGAUUUUAAGCUUGUUUGGUUAUAAAUAAGACCUCUUGCUCUGAUUUAGUUACUAUAUAAAUGUAAGAAUUUUAAUAUUCAAGAAGAGAAGAGGUUGAGGAAAAAGAGGGUAAUAUUGGAGCUGAUCUGGCAGGAAGCCUGUAUUCAAGCCUCACCUCUGAUACAUACUGGGUGUGUGAUCUUUACCCUCACAGUCCCCCCAGCAAUUGUCUAAGACUGUAUAUUUUAGAAAAGGCGAAUAUAGCUGCAAAGUUGGAAGGAGUUUUCUCUCCAAAGAGUUCUUUAUAUCAAUGAAAUCACAGGUCCAAUUUCUGGUGUAAAAUCUGUCAGUAUUCCUUGGUGGAUUCUUUGGAAUUACAAUUAAAAAUCAGCUUCAAGCACCUUACUCCAGAGAGCAGAGUUUGCAUAAAAUAAGUGUAGUUCUCACAUAUGUAAAUAUAUUUA